CACCAUUUUACCAAAACAAAUUCUGUAAAAUCCGGAGAUUCCUGAAUUGUUCCGCCGAUUUGUGAUUUGUUCGGGAAAUUAGAAGCAAUCGUUGUAUCGCUAAAAGAUGAGUCAGGAACAACCCCCGAUGCGUGUAAAUACAGCUUUCCCAAAAAACAGUCUGGAUAUGCUACCCACCGCAGGUUCAUCAAAUGCUCAGAACAUUUUGAAGCCGUGGGUGCAUGAAAUGUUGGAGAAGAGUAAAGCACACCGUGAGCGAAUGCUUCAAUUGGACUGCCUUUUGAAGCUGUAUAAAUGUAUGGAGAACAAUUGUUCCUUUGCCACUGCUCACGCAAACAAGAUGGCCGAACACAUACGCCAUCAUCCGAUGGCUAGGUUUCUGCCCUGUGCAUAUUGCAGUGAUUGGUUCCACUCCGAAGCAACUAUCGGGCAUGUUGAUAAAGAGCACGGAUUGAGCAAAUUUCAGUGUCGCCAUUGCUUCUUCCGUGCCUUCGAUGCUCAUUGCGUUUGGUUGCACCAGAAAUUCUACCAUCCGAAUGCUCAAGAUGGGGACAUUUUAGAUAUACUUCCAAAUGAGUGCAUCUUUCAGCGAAUGAAAUUAAUGAACGAUAUAUCCUCAAGAUUCGCAACUGCUUUAAGAUCUUUAGAAUGCACAGACUGCAAACAUAAAAUGCUGACGUUGCCGACGUUCGAAUCACACAUCAACCAUAUUGAGGGACCGAUUGUACGGUGUCAAUUCUGCAAUAAAUCGUUCCUUAAAACGGCCAUUAUUCAGCACCUACUCAGACACGACAUCGGUGUUUUUGAGUGCAUCUACUGCAAUCAUGCUGUUACAGAUAUAACGUACAUGCAACUGCAUAUUAUCAACAGCCAUUCAUCGAAACCUAUGUACUACAUCUCGCGCUUACGGACCUGCCAAACAUCCGAGUUUGGUGAAACAAAGUCCGACAUGCUGAAAAUGAUGAGUGCUAAAGGCAUUGUUAAAGUAGUACCAAUUAGACAAGCACAUCAGCAACAUGCGAACAAUUCUAACCAGUUCUCAAGUGAUGUGGGAAUAUUCGAUACAGAAGAAGAUACUCCCAAAAAUGAUAAGAACAGAAACGCAGAACCCUUGGAGUCGGUUACUUCGGAUGAAUCGAUAAAACCAUUCUCAACACCUGCUAGUAUCGAAACAUCGGCGAUGACUGCACCAUGCCGCUCUAGACCAAAGAAAGAUCCAAUGUUGCCAAUAAUUGCAAAGAUAGAGGGAGGAGUACAGUUUUCAUCUAACGGUGAUAUCAUCGGAGUUAAAGAAUCGUUCACUACAAUGCCUCCAAAGAAGUAUAUCACUAAAACUAGCACUAAACCUAUGGAAGCCAAUCAACAACUACCGAUCACUGCGAUACCGUCAAAGGUGAUAAAACAUAAGGAGCAACUAAAUGUAGCUACUGGGACAAGUGCAUUACAACAGGCUAGUGACAGUAUUAGCACAGACGCACCCAUGACCAAUGUAAUACGUGAUCCGCAAGAUUCUCAUUUGGAGCGUGCUAAAAUAAGUAGCGAUUCGAAGAGUAGCUGGAAGCUCAAUGAUGCUUCCAACAAGCCAUCUUCUUCUUGUGCGGAAAUUGUCAAAAUAUGCUUGCCCAAGGCGAUCGCACUGGAUCAGGGGCCUGAUACCCAAAAACCAGAACUUCCUGCCAUCAUAGUAUCCAAAACGAAGGAAAAAACAAUCCAAAUAAUUGCUGACAGAAGUGUAGAUCAAUGUAAAGCUAAUGUCUUAGAAACGCAUGGGGUGCCGUCUCAGCGUAGAAAACGGCAGGCGGGAAUCGUUGUCUCUCGAAACAAGACAAAUAUUGCGAUUCAUUAUCUGCUGCACGAUUGUAAUCUUUUAAUAGAGGAGUUCCUGGGAGCUCUGAAAAGAAGGCUAGCCAAAACGGAAAUUGAUGGUUCGUUCGGUUUAAAGGAUGGUCUUCGAUGUUACUGCUGUCUCUUGUGUUACCAUUCCAGCUACAAUAUGUUUAAACUGGGCGAACAUUAUCAAAUUCAGCACCACAUCAUUGAUUUAACGGUUUCACUCGUACAUCCGGAUCAUGAUAGUCUGCAUAGUAGUAUCGUCCUGAUGUUACCAACGAGAAUGGACUUUGAGAAAAAAUUGGCGAAAAUGGAGGAAUUAAUUAGAUUAGAAGAGGAACAUGAGGUUCACUUGCAGAAAGGGGCCAGGCUGCUCGAUGAGCCUAAACAACAGGAAGUCGAAGCUAGCCCCAGUCAAGCAUUGGUCGGUAACGAUACAGCAAAAGUAAAGUGUUAUCCGGGCGCAAGAAGCAAAGCGAACACGAUUCCUAAGCCUUGCAGUGUAGGGAGUAAUAAAUUGGCAAAAAAAUAUCCAGGCUACCAGAGCCACAUUAAGAUAUGCGGAGUAUACAACAAUUCACUGUUUGAUUGUCCAGGCGCAAGAAGCAAAGCGAACACGAUUCCUAAGCCUUGCAGUGUAGGGAGUGAUGAAUUGGCAAAAAAAUAUCCAGGCUACCAGAGCCACAUUAAGAUAUGCGGAGUAUACAACAAUUCACUGCUUGAUUGUCCAGAUUGUGCCAUAGUUCUAAACUGUGCAGAAAGUGUCGCUACCGUUUUCAAUCAUCUGAAUUCUCACCAAGUAUUUCUAUUCAACACGAUCGAAACAUUAGCGGAGCAAAUAAUUGCACAACAAAAAAUUGCAAAUGACCAUCCGUAUGGGAUGAGCGCCACAAGGUUGGACGGCCGAAACUUUGUUUGCUUUUUGUGUUACUACAGUAACACGGAAUUGAGUAAAACGGCUCAACAUAUAGUAAGCUAUCAUCAUUUCAAGUCUGCGCUGGAAUACUGUUUUGUUCGGUCAGAAUUGAAAUACCAACGAAAAAAAAUUCUACUAGUGUAUCCCUCGAGCUUAUGCGGACCGAUAAAGCUAACCAGGAUUUUUGAGCUACUCAGCUUUGAGCAAUGCAACACAAAUACCGUUCCCAAUAAUUCAACGGCAGUCUCACCAGGAACAGAGUCACGGUCUAUAAAUGUAGGGCUAGAAACAAUCAUCCCGAUGAAUAUUGUCGACAAAGCUAAUUGUGGACAGUUGUACAAGUGUGGGUUUUGCCUUGACCAAACCCCCAAAAGUAGACUGCAGCUAUUGUUACAUAUUGGUACGAAAUGUAUGUUUAAGGGUAUUGAUUACCCGUGUGCGCAUUGUGAUGAGAUGCUAGCAUGUAGAACGGACGAGUCCAAUGAUUUCAAUGCCGAUAUCAUUUUUGAGCACCUCUACUACCACGGAGAAAAUCUAUACCGAUGCUCGGUCUGCGGUUUUAUACACUAUAAGCGAACGAUGAUCAAAAAGCACUUGAUACGGGAGCAUCACCAGCACGAUGGGGUGGUUGUUGUGCGUGAAUCGAGUGUUUGGUGGGAUUGUAGUCUGUGCGACUUGAGAACCCGCUACAGACAGACGAUAAUGGAGCACAUGAUGACCAAACAUAAUCUACCGGGUGAACGGUACAUGUGCGGCCAUUGCCGAGAGAGCGACUAUAAUACGCAGUACUUUAAAGCGCAUAUGGCAAUCAGGCAUCCCCAAGUAGCAGCGGAUAAGUUGCAAAUAAUCGAAAUGUAUACAUCAGUGGCAGUGAAAGAUGAAGAUGCUAACACGAGUGGCACUAUUGAUACGAGUGUUACCAUUGGUUGCCAUGACGGUGAUGCACAGCAGAGCAUAACGGAGCCAAUUAGAGCCAGUUCUAUACCGACCGGAUCGGCGAAGAACUUUUCACCACAAUCGCAAAAUGAUGGAUGUUCAGAAAAGUCAAUUUCUCAGACGAAAAAGUCUAUUAAGAUUGAAAAAGAGUGUGGUGGUUCUUCUCCAAUCUCUAGCAUUACCGGCAGUGCGGUACAACAGCCAGUUUCUGCAGCUCCAACCAACGAAUCAAAAGAUAGGUCUGUAUCCAAUUUAUUGGAAGCAGCACCAUCAUUUAAUCCCAAAAUAGAAAAAACUAACGUUGUCCAAGAGAAAUACUUACCAUUGCAGGUUGAUGAUAACGAGGAUAUGUACAUACUAAAAUCAAUACUACCAGAAGGCACUCCGUUGACAAAGACAAAAUUUGGCGUAAGGCUGCGACUUGAGUCGCCUACAACAGAAAGCAAACCGGAGGCAUCCAAACCACUUCUGGAAAUGUCUGGGAUGGCUAAUGAUUUUUUUUUAAAGGAUAUGAAAGUGGAAGAAAUGAUGGAACAUUCACAGCGGACGGAAGAAAUGGGGAUUGAGAUUGUUUCAGAAAAGCAACCAACAUCAACAACAACUUCUCGCCGUUCGACAAGAGUAGCAAUGCAGAAGGAUGCUACACAGCAAUGGAGCUACAGUACCGUGUUCGCUUGCUAUUUCUGCAAGCAACAAUAUAAUUGCUUCGAUAAUUUGAAAACCCAUACAAGCGCGAAACACACCGGACAGGAACUGCUGAGCUUUGUGGCUACAGGUGACAGUCUGAAGUGCGUAUUUACAUUACUUCCACUGUUGCGUUGUUUCUAUUGCAUGGGCAAUACCGUUGGAACGUAUGAUGAGCUUCAGGCUCACUGCAAGGAAGAGCACGCUCGCAAGACUUUCGCGUGCGUCGAUUUCUGGAAUGUAUUCAAGUGUGGUUUUUGUCCGUACCUUAAUGGAUCGGGGGUACAGAAAGAGAUUCGGGAACACUUUAUGGUCAACCACUACAACGACGCUACUAUCGCCCGUUCGAGUGAUCACGUGGAUGAUGAUUUUCUUGCGUGGGCUUUACGAUGUGAUACCAUCCAGGCUAAUAACGGCUCGGUAGAGAAGGCAGAGCUAGUACGAUUUCUUUGUAACCGCUGUGGUGCUCACGCCGAUAGCGAAGAGUCGCUUGGUGAGCACAUGGCGUAUCAUUUGUUCCAUUUCGUCUGCCCCCAUUGUUCCUUUGCUUUCAAAGAGUUGAAGGUGCUCUACGAGCAUGUCACGAUCAUGCACGCCCAGAACGAUCUAAGUGUUCCCCGAGCAUUCAACACAGUGCCACACUAUAAGCAGCUCUUCGAAACGAUGGCAAUGUUUUCGAACGGUUUGAUUCUGUCCAAGCGAGAGCUGUUAACCACAAGGUCCUUAUCAUACAUGCGUAACCUCAGCAAGGGUAUUCAAAUCAGCUAUCGACGGCAACUCGCCGAUUUGGCGCAGUACAAAAGCGAUCUUCAACUUCCACUGGAGACACCUUCGGGCGAAGAAUCGGAAGGGGAAACUUGUGCUAUGUUUAUCAAAAAGCAGCUCUUCUAUCCUGCUUUAAUCAUUUCUCAAGUAAUAACCACCGAAGUUAAACAUGACAACGAGCUCCAUGCACAGGUAAAGUCUGAAGAUUCGAAUAUAAAGAAAGCAGCGGACCAUAGUAAUACAAAACGAAUACGUAGAGCCUGCCGGUUAUAAGUGAAGAUGCCAUUACGAACUGCGUUUUAAAGGAGGAGUGUUAUGUUAUUGCGUUUG